AUGGCUGGGGUACAGGCAAUGGUGCGGAUAAUGCUGGAUCAACAGACGGAAGAAACAAGGCGUUUAAUUCAACAAAGUAAAAACGAACUUACUGUGCCAGUAGGCCAAGCACCUACUCUUGAGUCAGCCAUCUGGGUUGAGGUUGGCAAGCAGAGGAAAUUUGAGGGAACUUCAAGGUCCAACAAGAACAACAUGUUCUCACGGUCUGGAGGAGGAAGAGGUGAAGCAAAAUGGUGUUACAAGUAUGGAAGGAAACACAACGGGGGAUGCCAUAAGGAAGUGACCUGCUUCAAAUGCGGGAAUACUGGUCACUAUGCCCCCAAGUGCUCAACCAAGGAAGAAGUUUGCCUUAAGUGUAGUGGAAAGGGACACUUCAAGAGAGAUUGUCCGAUAAGGGCUACAAUGCCAAAUGUACCGUUGAAGCACUAUGAGGGAUGCGACGAAGAAGUGACUUGUUAUAGGUGUGGAAGAAUCGGUCACUAUUCCAAAGACUGUACACAUAGGGAUAAAGUAUGUUACAGAUGCAGAGACAAGGGGCAAAUGUCUAGGGACUGCCCGAAGAAAAAUGAAGCAGCAAGACCGAAUGUGCCGCCAAAGCUAAAGGAAAGAGCAUUCCAGAGGAUCCUUGGCGAAGCUACUGAAAAUGCAAGGUUUCAGGUGUGA